AUGCUUGGAACACGACUGAUUCUGCCACCAACGAGUCCCCCCACCAUGAAACUAAACACCUUGUCCCCCACCAUCUCCAUCACUAGUAGCACUGCACCUGAAACCAGCCUGCCAACCUCCAGUCCAUCCACUGCAAGCCCUACAAAUGAUCCCACUGCCAAACCAACCUUCUCACCCACCAAUGCGCCCAGUCUUCCUCCUACCGAUACUGACACACCUACUAGUACGCCCACGCCGGAACCCACCACUCAGACUCCUACUGCACAACCCACAGCAGCUCCAACCACCAGCAGCCCAUCUGUUGCUCCCACCACUAUGGAAGUAGUUCAAAUCUUUGGAACCGACUACGAGGUUGCCAGCACGGAAGUAUUGAGUUUGUCCGGUCAAGGCAUUGGUGGUUCCAUUCCGACAGAGAUUGGUCGUUUGACCGGCUUGACAUUUGCAUUUCUCGAAGACAACCAGCUGACGGGGCAGUUGCCAUCAGAGAUAGGUCUACUAACCUCGCUGUAUGCUUUGAACCUGUACAUGAACGAACUCACAGGAACGAUUCCUGCAGCAGCAUUGGCAACGCUGACCGAUUUGACCAUGUUGAGUUUGAGCAGCAAUCCCUUUUCACCAGGAACGAUUCCGUCCGCCGAGAUUGGCUUGCUGACAUCCCUGACACAUUUGGGUUUGUCCAAUGCCCAACUCACAGGCCCCCUUCCCUCGGAACUUGGCUUGUUGACAAGCUUGACUGGGUUGUGGCUCAAUCAGAACCAACUUGGUUCCACAAUCCCCACCGAACUAGGAAUGCUCUCGACUAUGUUGGAGUCUCUGUGGCUGUUUGACAACAACUUGACAGGUGAAAUCCCGUCGGAAGCAGGACAAAUGAAAGCUCUCAAGUACGUACGGUUGUAUGAGAAUGAGCUCUCUGGGCAGGUGCCUUCUGAGAUCGCCAUGCUUUCCAAUUUGUCCAUCUUGAGUGUGUCGGACAAUCGCUUGCAAGAUGGGAUUCCGUCCAACAUUUGCUCAAUCCCCAAUCUUGAAGCCAUUUGGGUGGAUUGCUCCCCCUCUCCAUUUCCAGUCGAGUGCUCCUGUAGUCAGUGUGUCUGUGCCUAGUAUGGUAGCAAGAGUCUAGAUAGCUAAAAAGACAUGUGUAUACCUGUCUGGAAAGUCAACGAUAUCAACUACAUCUACAUCUACAUCUAGCUAUUAGGCACUUUGUUCCG